GGCUGCGCAGUCGGGAAGCCAUAACGGUUAAUAUUUUUCACCCUGUUUCGGGAUCCGUGGUUGCCUGCGUGAGUGUGAGGGUGACGGAGGGUGUGUGUAACUCACGGUCAGUGUGAGUUUUAGGUUCACACUGUCAGACUUAGGGCGACCCCUGUGCGAGUAUUAAAAUAAAAAAGCAACGGGAGAGGAGACGGCUGACAAAAGACGGGCAAAAACGGCGGAGGAAGAAGGCAUAAAGGGAGGCACCGCAGCAGACAGGGGAGACGGACUGAAGAGACGAGCAGAAAAAGGAGACAGGGGUUGGAAGAGGAGAAAUAGCACAACAGGAAACACAUUAAUCUAGGAAAAGCUUGUGGACCGGCACUAUCAUGGCAGAUGCAGACUUGGACUUCCAGACUGGUGAUGCAGGGGCGUCUGCCACCUUUCCCAUGCAGUGCUCCGCCCUGCGCAAGAAUGGCUACGUUGUGCUGAAGGGUCGGCCCUGCAAGAUUGUUGAAAUGUCCACCUCUAAAACCGGCAAACAUGGACACGCUAAGGUCCACAUGGUUGGAAUAGACAUCUUUUCUGGGAAGAAGUAUGAAGACAUCUGUCCCUCCACUCACAACAUGGAUGUCCCCAACAUCAAGAGGAUGGACUAUCAGUUGAUUGGCAUCCAGGACGGGUAUCUGUCCCUGCUCCAGGACAGCGGUGAGGUCAGGGAGGACUUGAAGAUGCCUGAGGGAGACUUGGGCAAGGAGAUUGAGACUAAGUUUGAUGCUGGAGAGGAGAUACUGAUCACUGUUCUGUCUGCAAUGAAUGAGGAGUGUGCAGUUGCAAUCAAAGCGAUGGCUAAGUAAAACACUGCAGGGGAUGGCGAGAUGCAUUGGACCCAAAAAAAGAGAGAAUAAGACCUCAGCAUUGCCAUUCUCCCACUCUUUCUUUCUUAAUCUCUCUUUUUCUCUUUCUUUACUUUCUAGCGCCUCUGGGUGAAAUUAGAAAUAAAUGUAACACAUAAUUGGAAAUGGUAUACAGAGACAAGAUGUAUAUGUAUAUAUGGUAGCUAUGGUAUAUAUACAUAUAUAAACAACAGGAAAAAGACAGAAAGGAGGGAUCUGUAUUUUCUCACACACAGUGUGCCCCCUGGGAGUAGGCAACAGAGGGCAGGGGGGCAGGCACAAUAGGCUGCUGUACCUCCCAUGAAUGCAGAAUGGCUUUUCUGUACUGAUUUUUUAAGGGCUUCUACAUGUGACAUGAGUCUUCGUUCAGUUCAAAUCGAUAAUGUUACUACAAGUUCUGCAUUUUUCCCCAAUUCAUUCUCCGUCACCCUACCUGCCUAUUAAAACCAUUUUAUGGCCAUGGUAGCACAUAAUUAAGUUGCAAGAGACGGUUGUAAACUUUUGGUUCAGUUUUCACACUAAAGGAUUGCAGUUCAGUUGUUUUUAGGCUUGUCUUUUGUCAAUUUAAGUGUUUUUCCUCUAGAAGUUCAAGACUUUCAUUUUUGAUCACCAACAUAGAAAGAUAACAAAGCAGAGCUAGUACGAAAAUAAAGCACUUGCUCCCUUUCGACUCAGAACUCAUUGUUGAAGUACGUCGCCUUGAUCAUACACUUCACUCCAUGUUCAUUGUUCCACAUGUUAACAUUUUCAUCGAUAGAUAUAAACAACUCUAAUGUUACAUUUGCAUAAAUACCAUUAUGGCACCCAUUUAUACUGCCAGACUGCUACUGCAGUUGUGGUAUUGUACUUCACAUGGGAUACUCUGACAAUACGAGUACACUCUGAUCCUCAUUUAGUCACAACCAUUCUGAUUUGAAAUUUGAUGUCGCUGUGACACAAACCAUGACAGUGUCAGAAAUCAUAUGAAUUCCCAAAGUCUCUACUUUUCCCUAAGCAAGGCUAAUCAGAGUCUGAGCAUGAAUGCUGCCAGACAGAGACUGCUGUGUAUUUCAUAUGUAUUGACUGAUGUCAGUGGACAGGGAAAAACUCCAAAUAACUGAUUUGCUGUUACUUUCUGAGAAACCAGUACUAUGAGAGGUUAUUUAUUGUUUAUUGAAGAUUUUACGUUAUGAAUACUGAUGCUCAGAUAAGUGGAUUCCCAAACCUAGUGUUAAUUUAAAUAUCUACACCCAUCAUAAUCGUAAAAUCCUAAACUAGUGCUUAAUGGAGAGGAAAGCUGGGGUUAACAUCCCCUGUAAUUUUUCUCAACUUCUGCCUGUGAGAGACUCCCCAAGUAUGAAAGGAGACUCUUAUGUACUAAUUGAGAUAAAAACAUGAAUUGGGUUGUAGUUUUGCCUUUGACUCAGACAUAAUGUUGAGAUUAAAGCAAUUUCCUAUUCUUUAAAUGUUGUAAAAAUGUUGUGGCAAUGUGGUGAUGUCAUCGCAAUGUUACAGAAAUGUUAUUAUAAUGUUGAAUGUUUGCUGGGGUGUUUCCUCUUUUAUUGUACCUGACCAAUGGUUCAGUUUUCAUUUCCAUUUGUCAAACUGGCAGACUCAACCACAGUAGCGCUAUGCAGUCAUGUUUCCCUCACGCACUCCAACUACUGUAUGACAAACCACUAAACUGUAGUUUAUAUAAAUAUGAGGAGUGUCCUGGAUUUUGUGGGUUUAAAAUCACUGACAUCACAGUACAUAGGACAAUCAUUUUGAGAUGGUUCUCAUUCUAUUUCUGACCUGUAGAAGACAGCUGACAAGAAUAUAACCCACACUUUCAUAGGAAUAAAUUAGUCCACUAAACUUAAUUUUUCAGAAAUAAAUUUUGCGUGGGUUAUUGCGUUUUCCAGGACACAUCUCAUAUGCUGAGAGCAGAGUUACAUUUAAGCUUAUGGUCUCUGCACCCUAACAGUCAAUAACAAUGUUCAUGUAUGUAUUUAUAUUAUAUUUAUGUACACAUUUAUUUAUUCACAGGAAGUGCAGAUGAGGGACACAUUUCAGUGUUGCACUGUUCUGGGCCAUCUCACUUUUUGUAAAUCCCUAAUCUCCCAUAUUUCAGCUCUGUCUUUAUUCAGUAGCAAACUGUCUCUCUAGCUACACAAAUUUGAAUUCAAUGAGGAAAGUACAAUGUGCAUUGUUGUAAACAUGAAACCAGAAUUACGAUAAACAUACGAAUCAAAGGUAAUAUUGAGAAGAUACACAGACAGGGGUCCCGCAAGUGCUGUAUGUCACUGUAUGCCACUGGGUUCUGUUCAGUCACCAACAGUCAUUGUUUGACGAUUUUGGUAGAAGCAGAUAUUUGGGAUUUGUGCACUAAUUGUUUAAUUAUUAACUAAUCUGAGAGUUAGUUUUCCAUUAAUUGCAAAAUUGAGUGGUUGGGGAAAGUUUUUUUUUUUCUUUGCUAACUGAAUUUCUCUGAUGUCAUCUCGAAAUAAGUUGAAUAAAACUGGUAAUAAGCCUAUGUAAAGAAACAAGCAUUUGUGUUGUAAUGGAAUCAGGGCAUGUUACCAUUCCCAUACUGUUUGAUUCUACUGUGGUAAAAACAGAAUCAACAGAACAACAGAGAUCAAAUUGAGAAUUGAGAAUCAAAUUGAUUGAGAAAUCAACAGAACCUGAGAAUGGUGAACAAAUACCAUUAAUGUAGAAUUACUAGAUUGGAUCAGUAUUUAAUUUGUCUUGUAAUGUUGUAUACACAUUGGCAUGGCACGCAUGAUAGCUGAUAUUCUCAGUCACAGCAGUAUGUUUAUAAAGAAUUCUGAAGGAGAAAAAUAUUCAUUUAUUACAAGGAUCCUAUCAAAUAAGACCCUUAUCUCAUAUAAAUGCAAGUGAUGGCCUUUGGGUAUUGCCAGUCUAAUUAUUCUGUAUGUAUGACUAUCAAAAGUGAAUUAAACAACUUCUAUGUACCAUAAAACUGAAAUAUAAUUGAAGAGAAUGUAACUGAUAUUAUCCUAUACGUUUUUGAAUGACACAGAUGUAUUAUCUGAACACCAUAAAUAUACAGUACAGAACAGCAUCUUUCAUGUUUGUGUUACCCAGCUGGUCUUUCUUCUGUUCUGAAUUAUAAGAACUGCAAUAUCUUUUGCAAAAAAAAAAAAAAAAAAUCAUUUCAAGACAUGUACAAAAACAAAGGUCGCACAUUCAGAAUGGAAGAAAAAUAAGAUUUAAAAAUAGAAGAGAACAAAGCAUUAAGUAUCAGUGCUUCAGUCCUGAUUGCAUUAACUGUGUACAUGCAGGUUAUUCUGCCAUUGAAGCUCUCAAUUAAAAAAUGGAACUUGUUUUUCCUCUGGAACAAAAGAAUUUUUGACAGUCAUUUUGUGUUCAUUUCUUAAGGCUUGAUGUUUAAGAAAGUAUAUUUUAAAAAUACGCACAGGGAGAGGUAUGCACACACAAACACAGUAUCAGACAUGUAAUUUGCAAAUGUAUCUGGUAGUACAGCAAGCAAAAACUCAAAAAAUGCUUUUGUUACACAAUCAUUUAU